CUGGCGUCCCAGACAGUAGAGGGAGCCGCCACCGCUGCAGGGGCCGCCGUGGGGAUGCCGAACGCGGGCGCCACUGCUCUCUUCUGCGCGCUGCUCGGCUGAAGGCGCACAGGACUCAAUUACAGGAGUUGUCAACUCUGCCAAUUUAUGUGCACAUUUCUCUUCCACUAUGAGCGGACCAAUUGCAGUGCACAUUUGUCUGGCUUUCAAUAGCCUUCUGCUUCUCAAUGUUGCCACACAAUGUCUGGCCUUCCCCAGGAUGGAAAGGAGGCAGAUAGCACCUGUUCAUGCAGAAGAAAGGCAUUCUGAGAGGAUGAACACAGAUGACCUAGAAAGUAACUCCAUCACUUCAAAGUGCACUCCAGUCUCAGAAGAUCCAAUGACAGUGUUAGCAGGGCCAUCAACAACGUCUUUAAAUGAAGAAUUCCCUAGUAAUAAAGAAACUCCUCCUCCAGGAGUUAGGCUCACGCAGCCUGAUAGCUCUGCCAUUUACACUGCUACUGAGCCAGUGGUCCCAGGAAGGGAAGAAAUGUUUAGUUCCAGCCUGCCAGAGAGAAUGUCUCCCGAAAGCCGGCUUUCCAAGGCCAUGUUAACCAACCCUAUCACCCCAACUGCCACUCUGAAUAUUGAUGAGAACGAGGAACCCUUCCAUAGUACCAUCAUUCAGCCCAUUGUGGAGGGAACCACUGAAGCAACACGAGGUUUUCUGUACUAUGUGGAUGAUCAGUUGUUUGCAACUGAAAGUCAGGAAGAAGUGAGUCUGGGACAUUCACCUUUAUCCCUUGUGAAUACUAAAGAAACGCUAACCACCAAUCCAAGGGCUGAGAAAUUUGAAACAGACCCAGAGCAUAAGACAAUUUCUUUUCCUGGUACUGAGCCCAAAGCAGGCACUGAACUUUCCCAGAUGACAGUUGAUAAUACCCAGGCUACUGCCACCAAACACUGGCUCAUGACCUCCGAGUCCACCCUGAGUGCUGAGCCAGAAACUGACAGCCUGCUGGGAGCCCCAGACGGCACAGUGAGUGUCAGCACAGCUGUUCCAGCUGCUUCCGUCGUAAGUGAUGAGUGGGAUGACACCAAAUUAGAGAGCGUAAGCCAGAUAAAGACCCCAAAGAUUGUAGAUAAUACAGAGGAGACUCAGGUGAGAAUGGAAACGUCUCAGACAGCCCUAGUAACUGAUGAUGGCAUGGAAGGCAUGGAAGGGGGCAAAACUUUGACAGAGGCUGCGGGUGUGGCUCUGAGGCUGCCUGAAGGGGAAACACACAUGGGGACAGCCCUGCUAAUAACACAUGGAGAUGAGAGAUCAUCUGCCUUCACAGAUCAAAGUUUCUUUACUCCCACAAGUCCAAUGGAAGAUGGGAAGGUCUCUGUCAUAAAUGUUCAAAAUACUGCAGAAUUCAUGGAAUCCACCCAGGAAAAUAAUGCCAUGUUCUUCUUAAAGACCACUGUUUCCAUCUCAGACUAUGAGUCUGAGGCAUAUCGACCAUUGGGAAAUACAUUUAAAGACAUCAUCACUCAAGAGAUGACAACAGCUGUUCAAGAAGCAGAUGCCACUUUAUCUUCAGUGACACAAGAGCAGCAGGUUUCUACCCUCGAGGUUACCCAAGAGGAUGUGGAGCCUGAGGAAGGACAGGAGGCCCCCUUGGCCACAGCUGAUGUUCCUGGUGUGACUCAGCUGUUGGGGAGAUGGGAGCCUCUGGCCACAACAGUUUCAACUACAGCCGUCCCUCCGUCUUUCGAAAUUACUCCUGCUAUGGAAGACCUAACGGACACAGUCACAGGGCCGAAUGAGGAGCUGUUCACACCUCUUGUGGGUUCUCCAGUGACGCCCCCUGGAAUAAUGGAGGAGGCACCCAGCGCUUCUCCAGAACUUGCUGACCCCGAGGCGUCUUCCCAGAGAAGAACUCCUGCUCCGCCCAUUAGCUAUGUUAACACAGCCGCCUCGUAUGGCCUGGACCAGCUCGAAUCUGAAGAGGGAGAAGAAGAUGAGGAUGAAGAGGAUGAAGAGGAGGAAGAUGAGGAGGAGGAAGAUGAGGAGGAAGAUGAAGAAGAUAAAGAUGCAGACGCCCUGGACGAGAGCUUGGGUGGUGACACCGAGCUGCCUGGCUUUACCCUCCCUGGCAUCACGUCUCAGGAACCUGGCUUAGAGCAGAGAAACGUGGUCCCUUUGGAAAGAGCCACCUACCAGGACGCCAUCGAGUGGGAACAGCAAAAUCAGGGCCUGGUGAGAAGUUGGAUGGAAAAACUAAAAGACAAGGCUGGCUAUAUGUCUGGGAUGCUGGUGCCUGUAGGGGUUGGGAUAGCUGGAGCCUUGUUCAUCUUGGGAGCGCUCUACAGCAUUAAGGUUAUGAAUCGCCGAAGGAGAAAUGGCUUCAAAAGGCAUAAAAGAAAGCAGAGAGAAUUCAACAGCAUGCAAGAUCGAGUAAUGCUCUUAGCCGACAGCUCUGAAGAUGAGUUUUGAAUUGGACUGGAGUUUAACUGGGAGAUUCAACGAUGUUAUUAUUUGACUUUUUAUUUGGGGAGGGGGCAAAAAAAAAAAAAAAAAGAGAAAAGUCCUGCCACCUUAGGGGUGUUAGGCCGUCACUCUCAUUAUCUGCUGGGUAGUAAGUAGAGUUUUCUUAGACUGAGCAGAAGAGGCUUGCUGUAUAGGAACUGCCAUACGCAGUGUUUGUUUUUAUCCUGUAGUGAAUUUUCCACAACCAUGGGCUCCAACUUAUAAAUCUGCAGCGCACGUGUUGUUGAGUAGGAGUUGCUAGGUUAGGUUGAGUGAAUAUUUGGUAUUUUUCCACAGUGUCUUUUCCUCGGUUCGGAUUACCUGCAUUAGGCACAGCGAUUAUUGCUGCCAAGGCACACUUGACUCUGAAAUAGAAAUCUUAACAAAGAACAACUUGUUAUGACCAUGCUCUGCCUACUGGAAUCCCUAGGCUUGUGGGCCAUGGCAUUUGCAUUUACGUUUGCAUCAAAACUAGCAGCAACUUCGAAUGAAAUCUUUUUCCAUAAGAAGAUCUCUCAACGCAUUAGGAUUAUAUAUAGAUUUGUCUGGACCUUGCAUUAUGUACUGGAGUCUCCUGGUUUUAGUAUUUCCCCCCUGCCCUUUUAUUCUGAUUCUUGGCAAAGAAAAAAAUGCACCAGAAAAAAAUGCAUUAAAUUGACUCUCAGUCUUAAUGUAAGCUUGCUUUCUUAAGUAGUGUAAUGGAGUCCGACAGACCUAUCAAUAGACUCUCACAAGUUUAUCAUUCAGAGGUGUCCUUUUUGUGUUUCACUGGACGUUGUCAAAAAGAAAUGGGGAAGAAAUCAAGAGGAAAAAGAGGGUGGGUAAGCUCCCUGAGCGUUUAUCUCUGCCAUUUGGCUCUCUGCUUGUGUGGCCACCAUUCUGAAUUAUUCAGAGUGUUGCUUUUCUGCAUCUGUGGUCUUGGCCAUGGAGUUGUUGGGCUGCCAUUGGCCCUUAUUUGGCUUUAUUAGACAAACAGACAUUCUGUGGUAGGAGCAGGCACAGUGGCCAGAGUCCUGGAAAGUGAUGGAACUUAAGAAAAACCAGCCUCUCUCAGGGCGUCUCACUUUGGGAGAUGUUGGACUCUGUUAGAUCAUUUCUCAUUUCCCUUAGAAUGGAAUUCCUUGUCCUGUCUUUUGAACCUGUGUAUUUGGGACUUUCAGGAAGCUGAGGAUUUGGGUAAAGAUUUGGCUCAUUUGUGUGGAAGAAUAAAAGUUACUAAUAAUGUUGUCCAUAGUGCUUGGCACCGUGGAGAACUUGUUCACAGUUAUUGGAGCCUGCUCCAAUGCAUUUGAGGCAAGCUGCACAGUUAUUCUGCACAGCUACUGUGUGAGGUAGGACAGAUGUUUCUAUUCUCCCACUUGACUGAAGACAGAAUUGAAAAGUGAAAUGAUUAUCCUCCCCCAAAAAAUAGAGGAAGACAAAAAGAAAAGGAAAAAAAUGAAAGAAGAAAAGAAAGAAAGAAAGACGAAAAACAAAAAAAGAAAAGAGAAAAAAACCCCAAAAUUAUACCCAGGAAGAAUCAGUACUGGAACCCACUUGGACUCAAAACCAUGCACCCCUAUCUUCAGCUCAAUGCCCUUUCCAUGUACUUUGGAGGUUACAUUUCAGAGUCUUUGUUUAAAACCAGGGUUUUAAGGAAAGUAGCUGCUUGGCCAAGGAACAUGUCAUACAAGUUUCUGCCCUUAUUAAAGGAACAAUGCCUAAUUUCUCUCCUACACACACAGAUUUUUUCCUUUUCCCACCUCAGCUAUUGCCUUUACAAUCACAUACAUUUCAGUAGAGAAACCUUUCUUGACUUUAUUCAUGAUGGAUAGCUGGUUUACAAGAAUGUUUUCAUCAAAUAAUUUUAUUUAUAUUUAUUUUUUUUUUGCCAGGAGAUGUAAGCAGAUGGGUGGGAUUUAUCAAUGGAAAUGAAAAGCUCCGUGUAGUCAAAUAGAAGUUAGCAACCGACAGACAAGCUCAAAGUCAGGUUUUGAAAAAAGAACUCAGAGCCAUGCAUCUCCAGGAACUUGUAAUUUCAUGAGUGGACAGCCUGAUACUGCAUAGGGGACAUUUGCCUUUUCUAAGAGCAGCCCUUUGCUGGAAGUGUCCCUGAAGUUAGGAGGAGCUGAAUAUGAUGUGGCAAUACUGUCUUUGGAUCCUUGACAAGCUGUUUAUAGAGAACAGACAAUAGGCAGCUUCAUCCAGCAUCACAUGGGGGAGACUAACAGCCACUAACUCUUAGUCUGUAGUUUUAACUAGACCAAGGCUAGUAGGUUGAACCUUCAGACUAUGGUAUCUACAAAGCCCCAAAUGACGACACAUAUUUUCAUUUAUCCAGAGGGCUAUGGGAAUGACAUGUAUGUGCAUUUAGACCUAAGCAGAAAUGUCUCUGCAGCCCUUUUUGGGAACAGGUAACUGUUUAAAGAAAAAGAGGGCACUUAGAUCCCAGCGGAUGUCUGUACAAACCCACUGAAACUCCUGGGUCGAGUGGACGGUUCUGUGGGUGGAUCGACUGGUGUGUUUAUUUUGGCUGUUUUCCUUGCUGCUGGUGGCUGGGGAACAGUGAUUUUCAGUGGUUGGUUUAGGUUAUUCAGAGGAACGAAAAGGUUGUCAGGUUCUGAAUAAACCUAGGAUUAGGGGUACUGCCCCCAGUGGAGGUGCCAGCCAGUGGUUACACUGUCCUGAUUAAAAGUAGUAAAUCAGGCAUUGAUGGGUUUACCUAAAAUAAGAGAUUUCUAUGCUUAUAUUUGCAUUUUGAAAAUAAAAAAUCAACUCUUUAUUAUAAAAACUCAGCUUAGAAGAUUUAACCACUAGAGAGGAGAGUAUAGCUCAGUGGUAGAGCACAUGCUUAGUAUGCACAAGGUCCUGGGUUCAAUCCCCAGGACCUUCAUUAAAAAAUAAAAAAAGCUUAAAAAAGGAAAUUUAUACAACAAUAUAAAUUGACUAUAUGUCAAUUUUAAAAAUUGGAAAAAAAAAACAUUUAACAGCAAAGCUGUCAGGAAGGGGGGUGGGGCUGGUAGUCAGUGUCUGACCCCUUCCUCCCUGAACUGGACUUACCUCUCAGAACUGCAGGUGUCCCACUGCAGCACCAGGGAGAGAGGGAAGGUUGAGGACACAACCAGGAGAGCAUGUAUGCAGAGAGCAGCUUCCUUAUUAAAAAGACGAGGAAAGAGCAGGUGCCUGCGGGAGAGACCCUUCCCCUAGUCAGCGAGCCAGUCAGUUCCACCUGCCACAGUGGAGAACGGAAAACGGAAGGAAUGAGGAGGGAGUGGAAGCUUCUAGAGAACAAGUAGAAGGCUGGGAUGGAGAGAGAAGGGUUCCUCCUGGGCCCCUGAUGUCUUUUUCUCUACUUAGAAGACAGUUCCUUUCUUUUAAAUCUCUUUAGUGUUUCCUCUCCCGUAAAUUACUUCUUUCAGUAGCUGCUGGCUUAAUUUAUGUACAAUAUUUGGAGUGAAUUAGUAUCCCAGGGAAACAGAUUCCCUCAGCAAUGCCUCAGCCUUGGCUUCAGCUCGUGAACUGCCUUCGGUGCAGCCUUCCAGAAACAGUUUCUUAAAGGGCCUGUAACUCUUACACAGGUCAAAUAUAUUUUGGGGGAAAAUUUAAAGCACAGUUUUAGAAUGUAUUUAAAGUAGUCUUAGCAUGGUCAGUCAAAGCUGGCCCUUUAUUUCAUUAUUAUUUUUUAAAAGGCUAAGACUUAAAAGUCUAAAUGUCAUAGAGAGAUGCCCAGUGCCUGUCUCCCUGCUCCUUCAGACAUCCUCUUCAUGAGGAAGUCCGAUUAGAAACACUUUUGCGGAAUCACACCCACAACUUGAGGGAGAAGCGUCAAAGCACCCAUUGGCGUUGUGAUUUCUGUGGAUGUCAGUCAUCCAUGUUUCUACCAGCUGCCAAAAAGGAGCUUCAGGGAACAAGAUACAGUAUUUGGCACAAGGUUUUACCUGCAUGGCCUUUUGGCAAGAUAGGCUUUGUUAUGACUACAGGAAAUCUGAAAAGGCAGGAUUACCACCGAAGGAAAAAAAUCUCUGCUUUUUUAGCAUAUGUGAAGGUAUGGUUACAAGGGAAGAACUAUGAGUAGAAGAUGGAGGAAAAAAUCAUAGUACAAAGCAGAUGUAAAAAUGGCACAAAACAUUAGAAUGUGCUAGAGGAGGCAGAAGUUGUGAAUGCACCGAUACUUGGAAAAAAUGAUAAAGAUGAGUGAGAAGAAUGCAAAUGAGGUGGACCAUUAGCAGAGGAAGGGGCCAUAAAUCUACACCAAUCUAUAUGUCUCCAUCCUCUCUGUCAAAGAAAAUUGCUAAGCACCAGGUAGAAGAGACAUGGGUGGGAGGGAAUUGAAAUCUAAGAUCAAUGAGAUGGAAGGAGCUUAGUUACUUUAAAUAAGCUUAAGCUCAGUUAAAUAUCUCUUGUAAUUAUGCCGAGUUCAAGUGACUGAAUAUAAAUUUCUAGGAAUAGGAAAUAAUUUGAAAACAAAAUAAUGCUGUUGACUUACUAAAUGCUCAUCAUUUGUACAUGUAGCACCCCCCCCCCCCCAUUACACACCUCCUUUUGGGAGGAAGCCAUUAAACUGAUAAGCUGGGGAUGGACUGAGGAGAGACAUCUGAUUAUUUUCUCUGUCAACAUAGCUGGAAACAUAAUUCUGUUGCUUAAGUUCUACAUGCAGAAAGAAUAAUCAGCACUUAUGUUGUAAGUCACUGUUAGCUGUAUAAAUGCACUGGGGUUCUAUUUUGGGUAUCUAACUCCCUAUUAAUUAGCCCAGAUUUCUACUAUGUGUAUAUAGGAUAAGAGAGGAAGGGAGGGAGGGAGGGAGGAAGGAAGAAAUUUCCCCUAGUAAACAGCAGCAAAAGAAAAAAACAAAUCAUACAUUCCUUUGUUCUAGUUUGCUUAAAAACACACCCAAAUUUUGGGUUAAAAAAAAUCCUCUCAAAUAGUCCACUCAGUAAAGCGAAGAUCUCACUUUCCCUCCUCAAAAGGCAGCAUGAGCAAUAAUAUAAUGAUAAUCGUUAAUAAUUUAUAGGAGGAGGGUAUACUCAGUGGCAGAGCCCAUGCUUAGCAUGCAGGAAGUCCUGGGUUCAAUCCCCAGUACUGCCAUUAAAAAAACAAACAAAUAAAUAAACCUAAUUACCCCCCACAAAAUAAAAACAAAAAAAAAAGUUUUUUAAAACCAGUAAACAUUUUUUUAAAAAAAUUUUUAAUAAAUAAAUAAAAAUUGAAUAUACAUUCUCACCCUAAUAUUUCAGUCUCCAGAUCCAAAGUUCAAGACUGAUUUUGCUCAGAGGUGAAAUUUUUGUGGCCUAGGGGUGGAGGAACUGAGAAAGAGUAGAAACAGAAGUAACUGCAGGGGGAGAAAUCCUCUUCUCCUCAAGGUUCGUAGCUAAAGGAACAGAGAGCAAGCAGAAUGGAAGGCAAAUGGGAGCGUGCACUUGGAGAUUUUAUUGCCUCUGAGACGAAGACGUCAUUUGUUCUGGUCUUAAAAGUCUGAAUCUGGUAUCAGGUGGGUUUUUAUUAACCACUGUCCUGUGCAUCUCAGUAUUUUAUUCCUAAUUCACAAUGAAGUGAAGGAAGGAACCGAUCGCAUUUGAGAUGUUCCUCUAAUUUUAUGUCUCACAGCGCAGCCACAGAGUUUAUGUAGUUUCAGACUUUUUCAUGACCAGACAGACCAAAAUCUACAUGUAGGAAACUAUAAGGACAAUCCUGCAGAAAGGAAAGAUAUUUGGAUAACAGAUGAUUCAAGCCUUUUCUCUUCCAAAAAGGACUCUUGAUACAGAACCUCCAGUGAUCAGUUUCCCUUAUUUCUCCUUGUGUAAGAGAUGAAGGAAAGGAGGAGAAAUCUGGAAUGGUCCUGUUAUUGAACUGAUCAUAUCCCGAAGGUCUGUGUCAAGGGGAGUGAGGAUGGUUGAAGAUUCUAUCUGUGGUAAACCAAGAGCACUAUGAUGUUAUUGCUUCUCAUGGAAUCAGUAUUUGUUGAAUGUCUUUUAUGUAUCUGACUGUGUUAAGAGCUGAGAAAGUAAAACACAGUCCAUCACCAGAAAGAGCUUAUGGACUAGUGAAGGAGGGAGCAAAUGGGCUGUUUCAUCACAGGGACACAAUGAGGGGUAGAAAAGUAGCAUCUAACCCUGCCAAGAUUGGAGAUGUUUCUCCAGAGCCAGUAGCAUCAAACCUGAGGCCGGAGGAUUGAGUAGAGAUGAGUGCUCCAGCCAGGGGAUCCAUGUGUGUCAGAUCCAGCAGUGAGGGAUCAAGUAGUUCAGGAUGGCUGGAGUGCUGGGGACACUAGGGAGGUGAGGGUUGGAGUUGGGGUUGUGGGAACAUACAGUGUGAAAUAUGAGGUCAUGCCAAAGGAAUUACGACUUUAUUUUGAGGGCAUUUAGAAAGUCAUGGAAGGGAUGUGCAGAGAAGUGAUACGAUCAGGGCUGAACUGGCAAGGUUAGUGAAGAGUCAAGGGUGGUGCAGCAAUGCAGGUGAGAGAUGACCAUGACCUGGGCAGACCUGGACCAAGGUUGCAGGAGUAGAUGUGGAAGGGGAGUAUGGGUUCCAGAGGAGUUUAGGGACUUGGGGGUUGGUUAGAAGUGGGGAUGAGGGAAAAGACAGUGGUUGAAGCUGACCAGGGUCAUGGCACUUCAGAGGCCCGGCAGGUAUCAUGGAGUCCAGGGUCCCGUCUUCCAGAGGCACUGACCCUGUGUCAUCCCAGCAGAUCCAGCCUGAGAAAAAUAACCCACAAGCCUGCCAAAGACGUGCAGGCAGCUUUAACUUUCUACAGUGUGUGUGAGUAUGUGGUCAUUCUCUGUAGCUUUUAAUAGUAGGUUCCAAAGAAAAAAUGUUAAAUUUAAACUUAAACAUUUGGGUAAACCCUCCAAAUACCUUCAGGUGGUUAUGUUACUUUGGUUGAGCCCCAGGUAUGAGUUACUAUCUAGGAUCUAAUUGACUCCCUGGCUUUGUGAAGACUAACAGGAGAGUUUCUUAUUCUUUGGCAUGAGAACCAAAACUUACGAUCCUGUUUUUAUCUUUUUUUUUUUUAAGGAAAUGAAAUCAUUUAUCAUUCUUAAGAACCAAUUUUAUACAUUUAUGGAACUGCUUUCUAAUCUUUUCCCCCCAGUUUUACUGAGCUAUAGUUGACUUACAGCUCUGUAUACGUUGAAGGUGUACAGCACAAUGACUUGACAUGCAUAUACUGCAAAAUGAUUACUGUAAGUUUAGUUAACAUCCAUCUCCUCAUGUAGUCACAAUUUUUUCCUUAUGAUGAGAACUGUUAGGAUCCACUCUCUUAGCAACUUUCAUACAUAUCAUACAGCAGUGUUAACUAUAGUCAUAUUGUACCAUACAUCCCCAGUACUUAUUUUUCUUGUAACUGGAACCUUGUACAUUUUGACCACCUUUAUCCAAUUCCCCCACCUCCUGCUCCCCCAGGAUUUUGUUUUCCUUGAAAACAAAUCCAAGAAGCUUCUCUCAAGGCUGGACCAUGUGAGGAUGAUGCUGGGCAUUGGAUGUGCAGCCUGGAAACUCUCAUGAGCAAGGGGGGUUCUAUGUCCCAUCCUGAGUGUUUCUGUGGCCUUUUGACAGUUGUCACGGAUGAUUAUCGAGUACUUUAUCUUCUUUAGCAUAUGAAAAAUAAAGCAAGGUUUUCACGGUUGCUGUAUCAACACAAGGCUGGAUUCUGGACGGCUCAGGGCAACAGUGAAGAGCUGAGGAAAUGCAGAAAGGCGUAAGAAGGAAAUAAUGAUCACUUCAGCCUCACCCCCCAGAUAUAACUAUUGUUAACAUUUUGGUCUAUAUUUUUCUAAUCUUUUUCUCUGUGUAGUUAUGUUGUAUACACACACUUUACACAAAAUCAGGAUUAUAAUUUACAUGCUAUCUUGUCGCCUCCCUAUAGCUACAAUUUCUCAUGAUUGUUUUAAAAGGAAUAAAGAGAGAGAAAAGGGCUUGUGAAAAUCCUGAAGCUGCAUUUGAUGAACAAGCGGUUUCUUUCUCAUUAAGAUUUACUUGAUAUUUGACUGCCCAUGACGGCCCAGUGACCUCAGGACCCUUCCAUGUGAUACAAAUGAAAACAUAGUUGAAAGAAGAAAAUUCUCCAUAAACACAAUGCCCGUGGACCAAUGUCAUAGCCUUGUGCCCUGAGGGAUUAGAGAAUGGUUUUCUGUCUUUGCAUGUGCAACUGAAGCAGAAUUGUAAGCUUUUAUAAUUAGAUGCUAAGACCAAAUAACCAUGAAUGUAGAUGAUAUGCAGUAUUGUGAGAAAUACUGGGGAAAAAUACACUUAUGAUGAUGAUCUAAAUUGAUUAAAGGCUCGUUCGGGUCAACUUUUUUGAAUUUAA